CUUCUCUGUCUAGAUAAACAAAGAAAGUAAAGGCUAUAAAUAGGGAAGAAGAGUGAAGUCAUAAUAUGCACUUCUACUUCUUUCAGAAUUCUACAAAAUAAAUUUUCCGAAAGCUGAAGAGGCCGGAGUGUGACCAAAUUAAGCCUGCAGACAUGGGAAGAGGAAAGAUUGAGAUCAAGAGGAUCGAGAACACAACCAAUCGUCAGGUUACUUUCUGCAAGAGGAGAAAUGGGCUCUUGAAGAAAGCUUAUGAAUUAUCAGUUCUUUGUGAUGCUGAAGUUGCUCUCAUCGUCUUCUCUAGCCGUGGCCGUCUCUAUGAGUACGCCAACAACAACAUAAGAUCAACUAUAGAUAGGUACAAAAAGGCGAGUUCAGAUAGUUCAAAUGCAUCCUCUAUCACAGAAAUCAAUGCCCAGUAUUAUCAACAAGAAUCAGCAAAGCUCCGGCAACAAAUUCAAAUGCUACAGAAUUCUAACAGGCACUUAAUGGGCGAUGCUGUAAGUAAUUUAUCUGUGAAAGAGCUUAAGCAGCUGGAGAACAGGCUUGAGAGAGGCAUUACUAGAAUCAGGUCAAAGAAGCAUGAGUUGCUGCUAGCCGAAAUAGAGUACUUGCAGAAAAGGGAGAUUGAGCUGGAAAAUGAAAGUGUUUGUCUUAGGACCAAGAUAGCAGAAGUUGAGAGGCUUCAACAAGCCAACAUGGUGACUGGAGCAGAGCUGAAUGCCAUCCAGGCAUUAGCAGCCUCUCGCAAUUUCUUUGCUCCCCAUUUGCUUGAGGGUGGAACAGCAUACCCCCACAAUGACAAGAAGAUUCUCCAUCUUGGGUAAAAAAAGGAAAUAUUGGACAACUGGUGUGCAAGUGGUAUUUUGAUAUAUAUAUAUAUAAUUCAAUCCAGAAAAUAAAGAUACUACGAUAUUAUCUGGUAAUAUUGUGGUCAUGUGUGCCCUGCUUAAUUUGGAAUUGAUGUUUAAGAGUCCUUAAUUACCUCAUCAUUGUCAACUGGAUUUAUUAUCUGCCCAGAUAAGAUGUAAACAUUACUGGUACCUGCUUUAAUUUGUAUGGUUUUUUAUGAAUUCUACUAAUAAACAGCUAGCGCAAUAUUAAUCACGGCUGAAAGGCUAUUGAUUAUGCUAGUUUUAUCU